CACCACGAAAAAGCGUAUGGCGAUGGACCAGGAGGGCACCACAGCCCACCAGCGGCACGGCGGCGGCUCCAUCACCGACGACGCCCUCUCCCUGUUCGCCUCCCGCCUCUCGCACCACAGGUUCGGAGACGAGGAGCUCCGGGUACUGGAGGCGGCGCUCUCCACCGGGGGCGAUGUUGCCGCGCUGCUCAGCACGCGCUCGGCAGCCCGGAAACUUCUGCGGGAGAGCGUGGCCGGGGCGUGCGCCGCAGCUGCGGUCGAGGGGGACGGGGCGAGGCUCUCCGUCGCCGACUUCUUCGCGCGCGCCUUCGCCCUCGCGGGAGAUGUCGAGAGCUGCCUUGCUAUGAGAUAUGAAGCGCUGGUUCUGCGAGAGGCCAAAUACUCCGACGACCUUCAAUUGCAUGUAUUCCAUGAAGAAUGGUUAACCUUUGCACAUGACUCUCUUGAUAAUGGGUUCUACACCAUUGCUUCCAAGGCUUUUGCGAAUGCUCUUGUGCACAUUCAUCCCAUCCACUUGAACGCUACUAAUGCGACACUGAAGAAGAACAAGGUCAAUGAUAUAAGAGGACUCCAAACCUUGGCCAAGUCAUUAUCUGCACAGCGUUCUGUUCAGACACAAUCCGCUGAAUACAUGAAAAGGAAAACUUCAGGCGUUAAUGAAGAGUGCAAUUUACAUUCAGAAAAACCGAAGUUACCGGCGAACUUGAUGUUUAGGCUGGGGAUCAAAACAAGGAACACACAAAAACUACUUCUUAGCCGCAAGAGAAACUUAGAAGAGGUUUGAUUUCGAGCAUUUAUCAGUGUGGAUCUCUCCAAGACUGCGAAGAGUGACUUGAUCAUCUUUCCAAGCUAUUUUGGUACAAAAGGUGAAUUUCAUGCCUUAGUUUUUCUUGUCGUUUCCCACUGUAGCUUCAAAUUUCCUAGUCUAGUACUUAUUGAGCAUAUGCAGCAUGUAACAUCAAUAUAUAUUUUGUUUCAUUACAGUUAUUGGUUGGAUCUUUACAGGCUACCUAGAUAGCUGGGGUUGUUCCUCUCCGUCAUUAACGUUCCUUCAUUAAAUACAGUACAUCCAUACCUCUGUAUGUGUCUCCUUCUCAGAUUGCAAUGAUAAGUGCUUUGAUCAAAAGAAGACCACUUUGAUAUUUUUCUCUGUAAGAUAACUAUGUCAUGGCAUACGUCUUAUUAUGCAAAAUGGAUAUGUGGGGUCUCCGUUGGUAGCA